GAAUGAGAAACAAGUCAGAGAAAACUCCCUGACUUAUCAGAAAGGGCUCUGGGAUGCUAACCAGAAAUAUUUGGUGGCACUGCAGGCUGAGAGGGGGGCUGGAUUCGCCCCUCUCCGUUUUAUUCCCCUCUGAACCGAGUCCCUGGUCCACACGAGAGAGAGAGAGAGAGAGAGAGAGAGAGAGAGAAGGAGAACAACGCCAGUCAAGCGCAGGGCUCUCUUCAAGGAGCGCAGACAACGCGGAGAAGAAGCUCAGAACAGAGUCAGCCAUCGACAGAGAGGGAGAGAAGAAACUGCAGAGCAGAGGGACCAUCGAACACGAGAGUCUUCUUCAAGCUCCAGAGGCGUCACAAAGAAGCAUUCUGCCGGGACAAUGGAUGAAUGGAGAGAGGAAGUUAGAGAGACUACCAAGGCACAGGAGAGCAGAACCAAAAAUCUCAAUGAAGAUCUACGGAUUGUUCUUGUUGGGAAGACGGGAGGAGGGAGAAGUGCCACAGGAAACACCAUUUUGGGCGAAAAGAAGUUUGAGUCCAAACUCUCCCCAAAGCCAGUGACUGAGACUUACAGCAUAGAGGUCCGAGCAGAGAGGUGGAAGGGGAAACAAGUGGUCGUCAUUGACACUCCAUACAUUUUUGAUGCUCGUCCUCAAACACAGCAUGAUAUUCUGGAAUUCCAGAGGUGCCUCUCUCUGUGUGAGCCAGGUCCCCACGCCCUGGUGUUUGUGACGCAGGCUGGCCGUUUCACUGAGGAAGACGCUGUGGCCGCCAAGAGGGUGGAGGAGGUCUUUGGCCAAGAGGCCGCAAAGUAUAUGAUCGUCUUGUUCACCCGCAAAGAAGACCUAGAGAAAGAAAGCCUAGAGGAGUACAUAGGGCUGUCUGGAAACAGAGCCCUGCAGGAUUUGGUGAGGAAGUGCCAGGGCCGUUGCUGCGCUUUCAACAACAAAGGGACGGGAGAGGAAAGGGCCAGCCAGGCGGAAGAGCUGCUGGUGAAAAUCGAGCAGAUGAUGAUAGACAACCAGAACAAGCCUUUCCUGGAGCUGUUUCCAAGAGGACCUACAAGAAGCACAGCUGAAAUGAAACCAGAGGAAGAAGCAAUGGACACAGACAAAGGAGGACCAAGUGUAUUCCCUGAAGAAAGUUUGAAUUGGAUCACCAAGGAAAGAGACUCCACAACCACGUCCACACUACUGGGAAGGCCUGGCCACACCACAUCACUGGGGCACCCUGAGCCUCUCCAACCAAUAGGACAGGAAGAAAGGAACCCCCUGCCAAUCCCAGGAGGCUCUGGGGUGAAUGAUGGAGUGAGAGAAGCUCCACGGAACCCCUUGGCCCCAGAGCCUGGGAACCUGAGUCUCUCCCAGAAGGAUUCCGAACUGCGGGUUGUUCUUGUUGGGAAGACGGGAGGAGGCAGAAGUGCCACAGGAAACACCCUUCUGGGGGAGAAGAAGACCUUUGAGUCCAAACUCUCCCCGGAGCCAGUGACCCAGACAUGCAGGGGAGAGGUCCGAGCAGAGAAGUGGAAGGGGAAAAAAGUAGUCGUCAUUGACACUCCAGCCAUUUUUGAUGCUCAUCCUCAAACAGAGCAUGAUAUUCUGGAAGUCCAGAAGUGCCUCUCUCUCUGUGAGCCAGGUCCCCACGCCCUGGUAUUUGUGACGCAGGCAGGUCGUUUCACCCAGGAAGACGCUGUGGCCAUGAAGAGGGUGUUGGAGGUCUUUGGCCCAGAGGCCACAAAGUACAUGAUCGUCUUGUUCACCCGCAAAGAAGACCUAGAGAAAGAAAGCCUAAAGGAGUACAUAGAGCUAUCUGGAAACCAACCUCUUCAGGAUUUGGUGAGGAAAUGCAAGGGCCGUUGCUGCGCUUUCAACAACAGAGGGACGGAAGAGGAAAGGGCCAGCCAGGCGGAAGAGCUGCUGUCUCUGAUUGAGAAGGUGGUUCAGGAGAACGGGGACCAGCCGUAUCUCAAGCCGCGUCCGAUGGAGAUGUCACUGAGGUCAGAUGGAAGGAAUCCUGGGGAGACUUCAAAGCAAACAGCAGCAGAGGAACCAGUGGAAGAUGAAAUGAAUGCUGGAGGAAUCCCCAAAGGGCAGCGGAAGAAGAAAUCAAAGAAGGCAUCUACUUCUGCCCUGAGCAUCCUUUGUCCCCGUUUUGCCCUGAAAUCCGGAGAACUUCCAAAGAAGGCAAAAGAGGAGCAGGAAGAUCUCAUCCUCCAAUGUAAACGGAAGCAGUAUCAUCAAUAAACACAGCAGGAUAA